AUGACAGACACUCCGGAGAAGCUCUCAGGCUUUGCUGAGCUCUCCAAAAACAAGAGAGUGCUCGCCUGGUGUCUCCUGAUUUUCAUUCUACCUAUUAACUUCGGUUACGAAAUCGCUCUCGUGGGCAAUAUCCUCGCCAUUCCAUCUUUCCUUGACCGAUUCGGCGUCACAACAUCUACAGGUGUAAAAGAAAUAACUACCCAUGACCAACAGGUUCUCAAUGCAUCAACUACCGUCGGCAUUUUCGUUGCAGCGUAUACCACUGGAUUCAUAUCCGACAUCAUCGGCCGCCGUUUGGUUGUUUUUAUCGGGUGCGGUCUCUGUAUUGCCGGCAUCCUCGUCCAGGGCUUUUCCAACUCCAUCAUGAUGCUCUUUGGCGGCAAGCUUAUCAGCACCGUUGGAUACGGACUAGGUCAUACUCUUGGCCCUGUUUACGUUGCAGAGAUCGCGCCUGAUUCUCUGCGUGGCGUCUGCCUCAUUCUAAUCAACACCAUGAUCGUCCUGGGACAAUGGGCGUGCGCGCUGAUCGGAUAUGGUGGCUCAUUCAUCAAGAACGACUGGGCUUGGAGACUACCCGUGUUUGUUCAGUUGGUUCCUCCUGUCUUGAUGCUGGUUUUGGGUGGCAUCAUGCUCCCAGAGUCUCCCUCAUGGCUCCUAAUGAAGGGAAGAAGAGAAGAUGCAGCGAAAUCUCUCCGCAAGUUCAACGGCCCGAAGCACAAUGUCGAAGAAACUCUUGCCAUCAUGGAGACUACUCUGGAAAAGGAACGGGAACUCAACGAGAAAGGCGCCUCCUAUCUUGAGUGUUUCAAGGGUACCAACUUGCGCAGAACCACCAUCGUUGUUGUGGUGUAUCUUGCGCAACAGUUCAUUGGAUCAAACUUUGUUGCAUCAUACCUCCCAUACUUCUUCACAAUCGCAGGAGUCGGAAACCCCAUCGGAAUUGCCCAAGUUUGUUACAGCAUUCAGCUUCUCGGCAAUAUCUGCUCGUGGUUCUUGGUUGAUCGCUAUGGCCGCCGGCCACUUAUUGUCUGGGGCAGCAUCGUUAUGACGGGACUCUUGCUGUUGAUUGGAGGACUUAGCGUCAUUCAGGGCAACCAGAAGACCCUCUCUGCCGUGGUUGCAUUCAUGGCUCUCUGGGGCUUCCUCUAUCAACUCUCCAUCGGUGCCGUUGCUUUCGCCGUGGGCGGUGAGACACCUUCACCCCGUGUUCGUCAGAAGACCUAUUCCAUUACCAUCAUGAGCAACACGGCGGCGGGAUGUCUUGUCACCCAGCUCAUUCCGUAUCUGAUCAACCCGAGCAACGCGAAUCUUGGUGGCAAGGUCGCUUUCGUCUUCUUUGCCCCUUCGCUCAUCUGUGCCGUUUACCUGUUCUUCUGCUUCCCUGAGAUGAAGGGCCGCAGCUACCUUGAACUGGAGGAUAUGUUCCAGAAGAAGAUCCCUGCUCGCGAGUUCGAAAACUACCGCUGUGAAGUCGAGACGGUCGAAAGUAAGGAUGGGGAAAGGGUCGCAGUGGUUCUUAAGGAGUAG